AUGGGGAGGAAGGACCCCAGUGAGGCCGCUGGCUUCAAGGCGACGGGGCGCCCUGGGAUACUGGAACUCUUCGCGGGACUGGCCGUUCUGGCGGAGCCAUUCCGAGUCGGGGCGCCUACCUGGUCGGAGGCGUGGGGCGUCGACUACGGCCAGGAGUGCGACCUGCUGCGCAAGCCGUACCUCGCAAGGCUCAUGCUGAGGAAGGUGAAGGACGGCGCGCUGAUGGCGCUCGUGGCGAUCGAGGCGUGCUUGCUUGCACUGACGCUGGGAGUGUUCUUCGCGCUGGAGAACCCGAUCGACAGCCUUAUCUGGCUCCUGCCCGAGAUGCAGGUCUUGAGGGGCGACGCGCCAUGCGGAGCGAAGUGGGCGAAGCUGGCCUGUCUUGGCCCGUCGGCGCUCCGCAAAACGAUCGUGGAGGUGGCGAGGGAGGCGGCCCCGGCAGGCGUCUGCAGGCCGCUUCCGCUCCACCUGCGGCGGGCGGCUCGUCGGCCAGCGCCGCCGCCGGCAGCGGAGCGGGCGGACAUCGACCGCUGGGCGACGGCUUUCACGGGGCGCCGGGAGGUCGACGACGACGCGAACCGCCGCAAAAUCGAAGAGGCGAAGCGCUUCCUGCAGGGCGCGCAGCGCCAGGGGACGUCCUUCGAUACGCGCGCCGAGCGCGACGCGGCGAUGGCGAACUGCCUUUCAUCGCUCUGCUACCUGCGCUUGUCCAGCGUCGACGUGGGCAACGCGGUCUUCUUCGGCUUCCUGCGCGUCGGCGAGGGCCAUCGGGGCGAGAUGCCGCAGGCGGCCCGCGCCCUCGAGUCCCAGCUGAGGGCGGCCGCGCAGGGCGAGGGCAAGCCGUUGGACCGCUCGCCCAUCGCCCGCGUCGCGAUGUGUCUGCUGGAGCAGGGCAGGGUGCACGAGGGCGAGACCCUCAAGGCGGGGCGCGACCAGGAGGUGGCGGUCCGCUUCCAAUUCGCGCGGGCCAUCCAGAAGGCGACGGCCCAGAUCGCGCGCGAAAGUGGCCUGAUCUCCCCCCCGUCGGCGGCCGCCUUCAGGAAGCGGACCUCCGCGUGCGAUGCGCACUCGGGCGCAGCGGACUUCGUCGAGUCGGGUCAGACGCUGGAGGCCGCGAGGCGGAGAGGCAGAUGGAAGUCAUCGGCAGCCGUCCAGAGGCGCACCAAGCAGCGCGAGCUCGUGCGACACCGAGCUCGAGCAGGCAGCACCAUCGACGACAAGGGCGGCAAGUUCUGGGUGGACCCAGCUGGAGAGCUCCGGCGAGUGCUGCAGGACGCUCCGGCUCGGGGCCGCGAUGACCUACGCGCGGCGCUGCUCCACGAGCUCGGACGCGCGCGACGGCCUGGCGACGCGGAGCGCUUCGCCUCGGGCUCGGCGGCAGGCGGUGGGGCGCCCGAGGACCCGCGCCAGCCCGACGCGGGCGCGCGCGGCAAGCGCCAGAACCGCAAGCGGAGAAGCGGCUGA